GGAGAAGGGGGUGGGGCUGACUGUUACCGAGGGGGCGGCCCCGGGACCAGGCUUUCCGCUCGGGGAUACAGACUCUAACCCCCGGAGCAGGCAGCACAGGACAGGCCCAGGCUCAGGCCCAGGCCCAGGGAGACAGCACGAGGCCCGAGCCUUGCGGAAACUCAAUGGAGCCGGGUCCGCAUCAGGUGAAGAGGCCGCGGCUGGAGGCCGAGCCCUUGGCCCGGGGGAGCGGGGGGCCGGGCGCCGAGGCCCGGGCCCGACAGGACGGCGCCUAUUUCCACUCGUACUCGGACGUGUCGAUCCACGAGGAGAUGAUCGCGGACUCGGCCCGGACCGGCUGUUACCGCCGGGCCCUGCAGGGAGGCCUGCGGCCUGCCUCCGGGCCCGAGCCCCGGGCUCGAGUGAGCCUCCUGCGGGGCCGCACGGUGCUGGAUGUGGGCGCGGGCACGGGCAUCCUGAGCGUCUUCUGCGCGCAGGCGGGGGCGGCGCGCGUGUACGCGGCGGAGGCGAGCGCGGUGAUGGCGGAGCGCGCCCGGGAGGUAGUCGAGGCGAACGGGCUGAGCGGCCGCGUGCUGGUGCUGAGGGGCCGCGUGGAGGAGGCCGAGCUGCCCGAGAGGGUGGAUGCCAUCGUCAGCGAGUGGAUGGGCUACGGCCUGAUGUACGAGUCGAUGCUCCGCAGCGUGCUGCACGCCCGGGACCGCUGGCUCAAACCGGGCGGCCUGCUCUUCCCGUGCCAGGCCGAGCUCUACAUCGCCCCGGUCAGUGACCCGGCCCUGCACGAGCGCCUGUCCUUCUGGGCCGGAGUCAAGGAGCAGCACGGCGUCGACAUGGCCUGCAUGGCCGCCUUCGCCCGCCGCUGCCUCAUGAACGACGAGAUGGUGGUGACCCCCCUGCACGGCGAGGAUGUCCUCACCCGGCCCGCCAUGUUCGCCGCCGUCAACCUCUACACGGUCACCGAGCAGCAGCUCGAGGAGCUGGGAGGCCUCUUCUCCGUCUCAGCCUUUGGCAUCGCCACCAUGCACGCCUUCGCCAUCUGGUUUUCCGUCACCUUCCCGACGUCCGCCCCCACAGGCGAUGGGGGCGAUGACGAUGGUCAACGUUCGACCAGGAGCCAUGACGAUGGUCAACGUGCGACCAGGAGCCAUGACGGUGGUCAACGUUCGACCAGGAGCCAUGACGAUGGUCAGCGUGCAACCAGUGGCCUUGAUGAUGGUCAACGUGCGACCAGUGGCCAUGACGAUGGCUAUCAAGCUACCAGUCCCCCUGCCGAUAGUGCGUGUACAGCCAAUACCAGCAAUGAUGCGUCCAGUGCCAAAGCCCAUGCUUCCCAUGUAACCAGUACACACAUCAGCAAUGGCACUGUUGAGAGCCAAUAUGCGGUCUCAGCCAAUGGUGACAAUCUCUGUGAAUUUAAUUUCAAUAAUGAUACUAACCCCGUUACAUUUGAUCCCAACACUGAUGAAUGUGAGCCAGUUGUCCUGUCAACCUCACCUUUCGCAGAGGAAACACAUUGGAAACAGACCUUGCUUUAUCUGGAUGAACCUGUCCAAGUGUUCCAGGACACUGUGAUAAAGGGAAAAGUAACUUUAACUCCAGCUGUAGAUAACCCACGACAUCUGCGGGUAUCUUUGGUUUAUGAGAUAGGAGAUAGUGGAAAAAAAACAAAAGUAUUCAAAAUGGGGGAGGAUUUCUCUUCGUUUGAGUAACAUUUUAUUGGUGUUUGCAUCCAAAUGGCCCCAUCAGUGCCUGGACAGUUACACUUGAUAUUUUUUGCUGUUUGUUCUCCAGUUUAUUUCCAAACUGAUUCAGUUGAAUGACUCAUUGUGAAAAAGUUGCCUUAACUCUAUGAACCCAUGAGGAGAGCCAAAGAAAGGAAUGGGCAAGCCAGGGAAAAGAAAUUCAAUCCUAAAAAGACAUUGAUUUGCUGGAUUGAUGAUUGUGGGACAAAAACAAAUUAAUCAAAAUGAUUGCUGCUUUUGAAUGAGUUGCCGUUCAUGCAUGUAUACUUUUUAAACAUUUUAAUAACUUAAUGAACAAACUUAGUUUGGUUUGUCACUCCAAUGUAACAUGUAGCUUGAACUCUGUGAAUUAUUGCACUGGAGCUUUUCACAGUAAAUUGCUGGCUGGCUUCUCUGACUUAGUGUUCAUGCGAAGUAAAUUGAUUCUCACUUGAAACAGAUUCUGGUACAUUCACACAGCUCAAGUGGAAACUAACCUGAUUCCUGUUCAGUGUUGCUUUAGCUGAUUGAUGUCAGUGUUAGCCUCAGUAUCCUUGUGAAGGGGAAAAGGGCCAUGUUCUGUUUAAAAAAAAGAGACACACGUUACUAUUUCGGAAGAUCCUAUGUUAGUUGUGACACAGGAAUUUUACUUGAAGCAUCAACUUUUGUUUUCAAAUACUGACUAACUUGUGUAUUUGCAGUUUCUUUACUGGUUCAUUUCCAAAGUACCAUUGUGACUUUGUGCUUGAAAAUAUUAAUAGAUUAAUCAAUUUUCAGUCACCUACAGUUUCAAGCUUUCUGUAACUAAUUCAUUUCUAAGAUUGUUUUAUAGAGCUGUGAACACUGUACGUACAAUGAGAUAAAAAUAGUAGAAAACCUCUCCUCUCUUACGUGCUGUGAAAGUGCUAUGAUGGGAGAGAUUUAAACCCCCACAGCUGUGUUGUUACAGAACAUUUACCAUAUCCAAAUGGACAUGUAAUAUUUGACAUAUCAAGCAGGUCAAAGAAGUAUGUCUCACUGCUGGUAUUUUCUAUUGUACCAAAUUUGAUAUUUUGUUAAACUCUCUAAAUGAACACUAUUUAUUAUAAAACAUAA